AUGACAGCAAUUGUCAUCGAAAACCUGCUGAAAGAAUUUGAACAGGACUCAUCUGUUGGAGUUGCUUAUUUCUAUUUUAGCUUUCGACAGCAGGAACGACAGAAGAUCGAUGAUCUCCUUUUGAGCAUCGCAAAACAGCUUCUGCGAAAGUCCCCUCAAUUGCCCAAAGAGAUCUCAUUUAACUUAUUUUGGAAAUUCUUCCUUGUCAUUGACGCUCUGGAUGAAUGCAGUUUCCCCGUUCGACCCGAGCUCUUAUCGGAGGUUUCCAAAAUACAGUUCGAGAAGGAUCUCAGGGUGUUAGCAACAUCGCGUCCAAUUGGUGAUAUCAUUGCGGGACUCAACCAUGACAAUACACUGACUAUCCAUGCCACUGAUGAAGAUGUGGAAAUGACGAGAUCCGAGCCGGCAUUGCACAUUAUGUUGGUGGAAUAUAAGUUUUUACUUGCCCAGCUUUACCUGGAGUUCCUUCGAUAUAAGACGACAGAAAGGGACAUAAUGAACUCACUGAACCAGUUCCCAGAGCGAGGCCAAGGGACAAAUGAACAGGAUAAAAGAGCAAUACUGUCUCAAGCCUAUGAGCAAGCAGAGUUUCAGACCGUAGAAGAUCUUCUGAAGGAAGAUGUUGACACCACACACGUGAACAGUCUGCUCGGAACUGCCCUGCACGUGGCAGCUGGACGAAAUCAGCUGAAGAUAGCCCAGCUCCUUCUAAACCACAAGGUGGACGUCAAUUGCCUCGGAGGUGUAGGGGGCACAGCACUCGAGGUGGCGUCAUUUAGUGGAAUUUUUGAAAUGGUGAAGCUUUUGCUGGCAAAUAAGGCUAAUUUCCAUAUUCAUGGCGGAAUCUUCGAUAAUGCCUUGCAAGCAGCCGCCUAUAAAUGGCAUCAAGACAUUUUUCAGGUUCUAUUGUCAAAGGGGGCUACUGUAAAUUCACAACAGCUCAUUUCAACAGAAAGGUCAUGGCAGGCAGCUUCUUUCAGAGGAUACACUGAAACCGCCAGACUUCUCAUCCGAAAGGGUGCUGAUAAGAAUGGUCGAUUUGGCAUGCAUGGGAGUGCUUUACAGGCUGCAGCAUACCGGGGGCGCAUUAUCACGGCGAAGCUGCUCUUGGAAGAAAACGCUGACGUGAACCUAGGCGGUGGUCUCUACGGAAAUACUCUACAAGCAGCUCUAGUUUGGACAAGAGAUGAAGAUGAAGAUGAAGAUGAGGACGACCAUGAUGGUGCUUUUUAUGAGGAUGUAAUUGACGAGGAUUGUCCUUAUUGUGAUAGCGAGGAUGUAAUUGAUGAGAAUGAUGCUCAUUGCGAUGGCGAGGAUGGCGAGAAUGGCGAGAAUGGCGAGGAAGAUAAGGAGGACGACGAAAGUCGAUAUAACAAGGGUGGGACUAACGAGGCUGAGUAUGAGGAAGAUGAAUGUGACGAGGUCGUAGAUGACGAAGUUGAGGAUGAUGAUAAUGGAUAUGACUAUGGCGAAGAGGAAAGCGAAGAUACUAACCUUUGGAGGAGUCUCUUUAUGAUUGCCGUUCACGCGGACCUCAUGACGGGCAAUUUCCUUCUACUUUCCGAGCCAAAGUUGUACAACACAGCACAUGACAAUGGCACUUUGCAUAGCAUAUUUUUCAGUGUCCUUCAAGCCGCCUGUCAGUGUAAAACUAGGGAUAUUACUCAGCUUCUGCUUGACCGUGGCGCGGAUAUCCACCGUUCUGGUGGCGUUUUCGGGACAGCACUGGCCGUAGCGGCCAGCCUGGGUGCUACGCAGGAUCGUCGGCACGCCAUGGAUACUAUGAAACUGUUGCUCGAACGAGGGGCAGAUGUUAAUGCUCGCGGGGGUGUAUUCGACACUACACUUCAAGCAUCCUCGAUUCGUCGGGAGUCCUCAGGCUUAGUUGAACUUCUUAUUCGACAUGGAGCAGAUGUUCGACUAUCGGGUGGCAUUUUCGGCAGUGCUCUACACGCUGCUGCAUAUUCAGGAUGCUUGGAAACAGUGGCAAUACUUGUCGAGAAAGGGGCGGAUGUCAACCAACUUGGUGGAGUUUAA